AUGAAAGGCAGAGAAGGCAAAGGACCUCCUUCAGCAGAUUUGUUGGUAUGUUUUCCUUCUAGAGCACAUCUAACCCUAAUGCCAAAGCCCAUUUGCAGCCUCGCUAGGCCCAACUCAGAACACAACAAGCGCCACCACCACUGUCCACGGCUCCAUCAGCACCUGAGGAAAUCUAGUAAUAGAGGUGUUGGCGCCGUCCAUGCUAGUCCUCACACGUGGGCAAAAAACAAGGCGACAAGUUCUGAGAUUGAAGAACCCACGUCCCCGGAAGUCACAUGUGCUGGACAGAUUAAAGUAAGGCCUAAACCUAACACAUGCAAGAAUUGGCAAUCGGUCACGGAAGAGAUUGAAAGGUUACAUAUCAGCAAGAAACACAAGAAAAGACCUGCUUGGAUUGAAGCACUUGGGUUCAAGAAAGAUAUAAUGCAAUUCUUGACAUGUUUACGUAGCAUUCGAUUUGAUUUUCAUUGCUUAGGUACGUUCCCUACGGCAGAUAUAACCUCAGAAGACGACGAUGAUGAAGAAGGAGAUGAUGACCAAAGGAAAAAUGAUGAGGAUUGUGAAACUUCAAGAACUAUAUUCUCCAAAUGGUUCAUGGUUUUACAAGAAAAUCAAAGCAAACAGUUCACAGAAAAGGAUAGCAAGGAGAAAAUGAAUAAAUCUAGUACUGAUGAUGAUGUGCCUUGUGCACCACCACCAAAUGCACUUCUGCUCAUGCGUUGUCGAUCUGCUCCUGCAAAAAGUUGGGAAGAUGAAGAAGAAGACGAAGAAAAACUAACCAAGGUAAAAGAAGAAAACACAAAGAGGAAAGAAAAUUUAGUAUUGAUGCAAUAUGGAGCAGAUUUUUACAAAAUUUCUUCUGAUAUUGCAAAGGAAACUUGGGUUGUGGGAGGAAUUAAAGAUUCACUAUCAAGAAGUCCCCGUUGGAAGAGAUAA